UCCAAAUUGCCUUCCUCUGGGGAAUUUCGCUGGUGCUUGUGGUGCUAGCAAAAGCUAUUGGUGUUUGUGUGUACUGAACAAGUCUAGUUUGUUUGAAGAGGGUUCCUUGCUUAGUGGCUUUGAGGGUGGUACAACACCAAAAUACAUUAUAUAAUUUGCAAGUAUGGGUGUUUUUUGCCUUUUAAUGGUUGUUUGGCCGUUUUAGUUAAUGCUGACCUUUGUGUAUGAGGGUGGAUCAGGUUGUUCAGAAAAGCUGUGGUUGCCCCAUCCCUCUAAGUGUUCAAGGCGAGGUUGGAUGGGACUCUGAGCAACCUGGCCUACUUGAAGGUGUCCCCACUUACCACAGUGGGGUUGGAACUAGAUGAUCUUUCAGGCCCCUUUCAGCCCAUAAAAAUUUACGAUUUUUUGAUUAUAACACUAAAUGUUUUGCACAGAGAAGAAUGAUGUUUGCAGCCCAAACUGAGGUAUUCCUGUGCAAUUGAAAUGUCAGUAGUUAACAAAAUACCUUUCUUUCCCUGAAAAGUUUGAAAUGUAUUUGUUUGACAGUCAGCUAGUUUUAAUUUUUGCAUUCCUAUCCUUAUAUUGCCAUGGCUGGCUACAUUGACAAGAUGUUUGUUUGCAAGUGCAGCCAGUAAAGUGUGCAUUUUUGCUGUUAUUUCUGCAAGAGCUUUGUCCUGGUAAGUGGCUUGUAACUGAUCCCUGUUAUUGAAAUACUCGGGCUGAUUUUAACCUGGCUUUAUUAGGAUAGCUUUGUUAGCAGCUCUUGCAGUUUCAGUUAUAUGUGAUGUUCUUGCUUUUUUCCAGCUUUUUCUUGAUGAGCACUGGUCUUUAUAUGGACUUGCUGUUCCAAAAUAACAUGGGAGUUUUUUAUUUUGCUUUUGAUCCCUUCAUUAGUAAGCUUUCUUAUCAUGUUGUUUGUGUGCAUGCAGGCUUCCAGGUGAGACACUCAUGGAGAAGUUUACUGUUUUCCAAUGAGAUAUGUCUGAGGAGAGGAACCUCUGGGCAAAGUCUGGAGUCUGCGAGACUUGGUGCUUUUUUCAUUAGCAGUGUUUAACAAUCCUUGUGGUCCUAACUAGGAGUUCUUUGUCCUGGAAAUGAUUCUUCUUGAUUGUAUCUAUUCUUAGAAUUUUACAACCGACUUAUCUUCCCCAAAGGAGAUAGUUGGUAACUUCAUUGUGUUGAUGUUUUUUUCUUGAACAUAGACUUUGUGUCUAAUCUCUCAAUUACUUGGAUUAUGGCAGUUCCUCUGAGGCUUUUUGUUUGUUUGGUUUUGGGUUCUUUUGUUUCUUUUGUUCAAGGUAUAGGACUUCAGUUUAUUCUUCAUAAGCUACUGGUUGUAGUGCACGCUUCUGUCUCCUGCUAAUGUUGCUAUGUCUGCCACUAAAAGCAGUUUUUCCAUUUUCUGUUGAAAUACAAUUUUGCAGGAGAUCACAUAAGACCUUGGCAGUGCUCUUCAUUCUUUCAAAGGCAUUAUAAUGAUCUUGCUGUGACAGGCCUAAGUUUGUUAUGGUUUUGGCUACAUGUUGCUACUCCAUGAAUAAUGGACUGAGGUUUACUUCAGCCAUUUCCACUCUGAACUGAAACACACAUUGACCUUGUAUUACUGACUGUAUUUUUUGUUACUCUUUUUGCUCUAUUGAUCUUCCAUGUGACUUACUAUAAUGCAAUCUUCUCUUCUAUUGGCAAUAGGAUUAGUACCUGUAUUAGUUUUGUUAUCCUGUUUUGAGGAGCAGUGAUGUUUUUGAGCCCACUGACAAUCAGUCACCAUUAAAGACUUAGCUAAUUGUGUUUGGAUAGCAGCAGAAUACUUUACUGUUGGUUUAUUACCUAGCCUUUAUCAAUGACAGAAUUGCUUCCUGAGUGCAGAAAGCAAGAGCUUUCUUGCAGGAAGAGGCAGCAGCGAGUGAUGAAUCUUCGAGGCCAGCAGUGAUUGGACAUGCUGGAAGUUUUGGAUCGUACCCAGGCAGUGCUGAAGCUAUCAAAGACAUUCUCGUGUCUGUUUUAAAUGCAUCUGGUUUGAAGCCCUCUUUGGUGUUGGAGCAGAACACAAUGCAGGGAGCUGAGCAUCCGGACAGCGAUGCAGAACAGUGGGAAGAAAGCAGCGCUGGGGACAGCCAUGAUGACAGUGACAGUGAUUCUGCACAUCACACCACUGCCUGUACACAAACAGACAUUCGGUUUACACGGCCCCGAGCGUGUUGGGACAACACAAGCUGUGAUUCCCCCAAACCUUCGCCAGAUAGUUUCCCUUGUCCCCAUUACACUGGUGGAGAUCCUGCUGCUUCCUCCUCGCAUGGUUUCACUCUUUCAAGCAUGUCCCCUGUGAAGCGUGACUGCUUUACCCAGGUGACAUUAACAGGAGGCACCGUCACAUCCGCUGUUGUGCAUUCUAGAAAAGAAUCUUGUACCUCCCCUGAAAGAGACUUGGCUUUCCCAAGGCUGCUUUCAAACCCAGCUGUUGGUAAAGCAGAUCUAGUGAAAUACCCUUGUGCCGUGGAGCCUGUGCCUCUCAGCAGCAGCGACAGCGAUUCUCCCAGUGGCCUUUCCCAGCCAGAGCCAGUCAAUCCAACAGGUUCUACUUCUCCUUUGAAUAUAAGUGCUAUACCCUUGAAUCGUUCACUACAGGACGUGUGCAUGCUUCCAGAGGAUGUGGAAAAGGAAAACGCACACUUUUUUGUCGCAGAUAUGAUUAUAGCAUCACUAGAAAAAAUGAAAUGUAAUAUCCUAAGCCAGCAACAAGCAGAGUCCUGGGGUGUGGAGGAAGCAAGUGGAUCAGAUGGCAGCUAUCACACUGACUCAGAGUCAUCUUCUUACCCUGGAGUGAAGAAGUCUGAUUCUUCUGUUACCUCUUCAGACAGUGGUUAUGAAGGCUGUGCUUUGCUGUCUGUCAGCUCACCAGUGCAUCUACCAUCACAUCAUGAGGUUACCAGAUUUCGUUGCCACAGUGACUCAGAGGAUGAAUAUGUAAUUAUUGAACUUGAAGACCUUGAAAAUCUGUCUGUUGUUCCUGAUAAAAGAUCAUCUUUUGAACCAGGCAGCAAUUCUGCUGAAGCAACAGCCCAGGAGUUGUGCAGAGCUUUCAGAAAAUACUGGUUGCAGACAGACUCUGCAGUUCAGCUGUCUGGUUGCCUGAGCUCAUCUAAGCAGAGAUCUGUGCUGAAAGAAGAGAUUCCAAGAGAGCUUGAGUCCAGUUUGAAUCUGGCUGAAGAAAUAAAGAUCAUAUCCAAGUUGAGAGGAUCUUCUGGCUGGUCCCCACCAAGAUCACAGAUUAUAUUUAAUAUUCAUCCUUCAGUCAAGAGAGAUGCAGUGGUGGCUGCUCAAAACUUUACAUGUGUUGGUUGUGGAACCCCAAUAGAAAGCAAGUAUAUCAGGAGACUCCGCUAUUGUGACUACCUGGGGAAGUACUUCUGUGACUGCUGCCACAGCUACGCCCAGUCUUCCAUUCCUGCCCGAAUACUUUCAAAGUGGGAUUUCAAAAAAUACUAUGUGUGCAACUUCUCCAAACACCUGCUGGACAGCAUAUGGCAGCAUCCCAUUUUCAAUGUGUCAUGUAUUAACAAAACCCUCUACACGAAAAGUAAAGAAAUGGACAGGGUCAGGGAGGCGCAAGAACAGCUUUUUCAUUUAAAAAAGCUUUUGAAAACGUGCAGGUUUGCUGAAAGUGUACUGAAAGAAUUUGAACAGGUUCCCAGCCAUCUAACAGAAGAGCUGCAUCUCUUCUCAUUGGAUGAUCUGGUGAAGAUCAAACGAGGGCAGUUACUGCCCCUCCUUAAAGAUAUUCUGAAGAGCUCUACCUCUCACGUAGAUGACUGUGAGCUCUGUCAAGCAAAGGGGUUUAUCUGUGAAUUCUGUCAGAGUGCAGACUUGCUCUUCCCACAUCAGACUGCCAAAUGUAAAAGGUGCCCAGAGUGCAAAACAUGCUUUCACAAAGCAUGCUUCAAGUCUGGAGGCUGCCCCAAAUGUCUGCGGAUCUCAGCUCGGAGGACUCUUUCAGAAACUCCUUCACUGGUGCUUCAGUGAUACUGGGUCCCUCUGACUGCUGACUUUAGAUAGUGCUCAGAGCCAAAUCUUCAGGUGCAUGACUAAGCAUUAAAUAAUGUUGUUUUAGACAUUA